AACCCCGCCAUGCAGCAAAGACUUGGCAUUAUCAGAUCAUCUUAUCACAUACAUAGACCAAAAAAAAACCGAGACCCGAUCUGAAGUCUGCCGCUCGGCCAAUGGCUGUCGGCAUAAAGAAGAUUUCUCCGCAAUUCUCAGCCGCAGGGCUAUAGAAAGUAGGAAGCAUCUCCACGUCGCGUGUCUGCCUGCCCUGUGUCGAAUCUCGAAACCACUGCGGUCACAAUGGCAUUUAUACGACUCACCCGGUUCUCGCGCCUGCCGCGGGUUACAAACUACCUCCAGCCCUCGCCCUUCCGCAGCCUGGCAACCGUCUCCUCCACCCUCGGCCCGCGCCAAAACCUGACCGAGAAGAUCGUCCAGCGCUUUUCGAAGGACCUUCCCUCGGGCAAACUCGUGCGCUCGGGAGACUACGUCUCGAUCCAGCCGCACAAAUGCAUGACGCACGACAACUCGUGGCCAGUGGCCACCAAGUUCUUCUCGAUCGGCGCGACCAAGGUCAACGAUACCGAGCAGAUCGUGCUCACGCUCGACCACGACGUGCAGAACAAGUCCGAGGCGAACCUGAGGAAGUACAAGAACAUUGAGGAGUUUGCGAAGCAGCAGGGAAUCGUGUUCUAUCCUGCGGGACGCGGGAUCGGACAUCAGAUCAUGGUCGAGGAGGGUUAUGCUUGGCCCGGAACUCUGACCGUCGCCAGUGACAGUCACUCGAACAUGUAUGGUGGCAUCUCGUGUCUGGGAACUCCCGUGGUGCGCACGGAUGCAGCGGCGAUUUGGGCGACCGGACGCACGUGGUGGCAGAUUCCUCCGGUGGCCAAGGUCGAGCUGAGAGGUGUACUGCCCAAGGGCGUGUCCGGGAAGGACGUCAUCGUCUCGCUGUGCGGGCUGUUCAACAACGACGAUGUGCUCAACCACGCGAUCGAGUUCGUUGGGCCCGAAGAGACCAUGGCCUCCCUCAAGAUCGACGACCGUCUCGCGAUCGCCAACAUGACGACCGAGUGGGGCGCGCUCAGCGGGCUCUUCCCGAUGGACAACGUCCUGAAAUCGUGGAUGCUCCAGAAGGCGUCUGAACACAGCUCCCGUCUCGGAUCUGCCCACCAACGCCUGACCGAAACCCGCAUCGACGAACUGUUCACCCACAACACACUCCAUGCCCACCCAGAGGCAACCUACGCGAAGACGCUCACCCUCGACCUCUCAACGUUAUCCCCCUUCGUCGCCGGCCCCAACUCCGUCAAGAUCGCCACGCCGCUGCUCAAGCUCGAAGAAGACAACAUCGCCAUCCACAAGGCGUACCUGGUCUCGUGCACCAACUCUCGCGCAUCCGACAUCGGCGCCGCCGCGUCCGUAUUCCGGGCGCAGGGCCCCUCUGCCAAAGUCGCUGACGGCGUCGAGUUCUACAUUGCCGCCGCAUCGACACUCGAGCAAGCCGCGGCCGAGAAAGCCGGCGACUGGCAGGUCCUUGUGAACGCCGGCGCGAAGCCUCUCCCCGCAGGAUGCGGCCCGUGUAUCGGACUCGGCACGGGCCUGCUGAAGGACGGCGAGGUCGGCAUUUCCGCCACCAACCGCAACUUCAAGGGCCGCAUGGGAUCGCCCCAGGCACUGGCGUACCUGGCUUCCCCCGAGGUCGUGGCUGCCUCUGCGCUCAAGGGUGUUAUCGCCGGCCCGGGGAACUACACGCCCACCACCCCGACGGUGACCUUCUCGACCGCUUCCGCCGUCGCCUCCGCCUCCGCCACCCCCGGCGCGGAAGCAGUAGAAACCAAAACCUCGAUCCUCCCCGGCUUCCCGUCGUCGAUCGAGGGCGAGCUCGUCUUCUGCGACGCCGACAACAUCAACACCGACGGGAUCUACCCGGGCAAGUACACGUACCAGGACAACGUUCCCGCAUCGACGAUGGCGCAGGUGGUGAUGGAGAACUACGACGCGGGGUUCGCCGGUAUCGUCAACGCGGGCGAUAUCGUCAUCAGCGGCUACAACUUUGGUACCGGAAGCUCGCGCGAGCAGGCUGCCACCGCGCUGCUCGCAAAGGGGAUUAGACUCGUCCUUGCUGGCAGCUUCGGGAAUAUCUUUAGCCGGAACUCGAUCAAUAAUGCGCUCAUGACUGUGGAGGUGCCCGAGCUGGUGGCUAGGCUAAGGGAGGAGUUUAAGGGUGAGAAGAAGGCGCUCACGAGGAGGACCGGGUGGAAGGUGCGCUGGGAUGUUGAGAGGAGUUGGGUGGAGGUUACGGAGAAGGGCGGGAAGACGUGGGGGAUGCAGGUGGGCGAGUUGCCGCCGAACGUGCAGAGCGUUUUCGUGCAGGGUGGGCUGGAGGGCUGGGUUAAGGCCGAGCUCGAGAAGCAGUAGAUACCAUUUCCUUUAUGUUUCUUGGGAACGGAAAAGCUUUUGUUUCCGAAGGAGUUGAGUUGAAUAUGAAUCAUGAUGGUAUAC